AUGGGUAACAGAAAUGCUCGCAGACAAGGAGCUUCUGGAUUAGACAAUUAUGGUCAAGGCUAUAAUGAUUUUCCCUAUGAACCAAUCAUGGAAAAUUAUGGCGCUGGCUAUGAACCUUAUGCAGAAUAUCCGUUUGGAUACGGGAUGACGGAGCAAGAUUUUAAUGGCCGAGGAGGAGGAUAUAUUCCAACUAUACGUCCAGCCAAUUCAUUUCCUCCUCAACAACAGAACUUGAACUUAGGCGCUUACGGAGGUUUAGGAAAUACCCCUGGAUUAUCGCCACUUGGAGCGUCGUCAUUUGGCGGUUUGAACGGUUAUGGUUCUCGAUAUCCGUACGGAUUUAAUCCGUUGAUUCAUCAACAAGGUACCAUGGGACCAAAAAUACGUAAGAUUUUCGUACCAAAUCAUAUAUUUCCACAAUUUCAACAGAUGCUUCAGGGCGGAAUGGGAAUGCAAUCUCCUAUGAUGGGAAUGGGAAUGGGAAUGAACCCAAUGAUGAGCAUGGGACAGGGUUGUGGUGGAAGUCCGAUGAUGAUGCCUCAGGGAUGUGGUAUGGGAAUGCCAUCUCCUAUGAUGAACCCAAUGAUGAGCAUGGGACAGGGUUGUGGUGGAAGUCCGAUGAUAAUGCCUCAGGGAUGUGGUAUGGGAAUGCAAUCUCCCAUGAUGGGAAUGGGAAUGAACCAAAUGAUGCCGAUGGGUGGCGGUUCUUUACCACCCAAUUGUUGUGCCAUGUCAAUCCCAAUAUCAGGUGCCAUGCCAUCUGCUUCUAUGGGAUCGUCGUAUUGUCCACAACCUAUUAUGCAACAACCACAGAUGCCAUGUGGCCCCAUAAUGCAGCCGCAAAUGCAAAUGCCCUGUGCUCCACCGAUGCCUAUUAUGCCACAGCAACUACCAAUGAUGAUGCCACAGCAACUACCAAUGAUGAUGCCACAGGCUAUGCCUUGCCAACAACCGCAAAUGCCAUACUUACCUUCAAUGAUGUCACCUCUAAUUA